AUGUCGAAAAUUAUACAGCAUGCUGGAAAGCAGGGCUGUUUUGUAGUGUUUCCUGUCAUAUUCUCAUGGCAUGCUGGUGGCUGGAACAGUACGCAGCAUAGAGCGAACAUCACUCCUGUGUUCCGUUUUCAGUCCAAGUUUGAAGGGCCAGUUGUAUGCUUUUCCAGUGGUGUUCUUACCUUCGUGAAUAUUCUUUGUCCUAGGGAAGUGAAAUGUGUUGAUUUGGUUAUUUUUAUUUUCUCUCUUUCAGCCAGUGGAAGUGUUAAAGAUACCUUUGUUGGAGCAAGAAAUGGACAAUACAGGCUUUUAAAAAUAGUCAUUGACAAUGAGCAGCUUAUUGUGGGAUCCUCUAGGCGGCCAGUUGGAUCAUGGGAAAAGGAUUAUGAUGCUUUUGUCCUUCCCCUUCUUGAAGACAAGCAACCAUGUUAUAUAUUAUACAGAUUAGAUUCUCAGAAUGCUCAAGGAUAUGAAUGGAUCUUCAUUGCAUGGUCACCCGAUCACUCUCCUGUUCGUCAAAAAAUGUUGUAUGCAGCAACCCGAGCAACGCUGAAGAAAGAAUUUGGAGGUGGUCAUAUUAAGGAUGAAGUAUUUGGAACUGUACAGGAUGAUGUUUCACUGAAUGGAUAUAAAAAAUAUUUGAUAUCACAGUCCUCCCCUGCACCUCUGACUGCAGCAGAAGAGGAACUUCGACAAAUUAAGAUUAACGAGGUACAGACGGACGUUGGUGUAGAUACCAAGCAUCAAACGUUGCAAGGAGUAGCAUUCCCCAUUGCUAAAGAAGCUAUUCAGGCUUUGGAGAAAUUGAAAAAUAAGAAACUGAAUUAUGUACAACUGCAAAUUGAUAUGAAAAAUGAAACUAUUAUUUUGGCCAACACACUUCAUACUGAACUUCAGGACUUGCCAAAAAGAAUUCCAAAAGAUGCUGCGCGUUACCACUUUUUCCUGUAUAAGCAUGCCCAUGAAGGAGACUAUUUGGAAUCCAUAGUUUUCAUCUACUCUAUGCCAGGCUAUACCUGUAGUAUACGGGAACGAAUGCUCUACUCUAGUUGCAAAAGUCCACUGUUAGAAAUUGUAGAAAGGCAGCUGUGGAUGCAGAUAAUUAGAAAGAUUGAAAUAGAUAACGGUGAUGAGUUAACUGCUGACUUUCUUUAUGAAGAGGUUCAUCCGAAACAACAUGCUCAUAAACAAAGUUUUGCUAAACCAAAAGGUCCUGCGGGGAAGAGGGGAAUACGAAGACUGAUUAGAGGUCCAGCAGAGACUGAAACACCUAGUGAUUAGAAACUGUUGUUUGCAUUUGUUAUGAAGUAUUACAGUAAGAAACUAAAUUCUGGCUUUUGGUAAUGAACUGAAAUCAUUCCAUUCAUAGAUGCUAGGAAAAAAAAAAGGCUCUUUUUACUCUUGUAUCUUCUGACCUCAACACUUUUUAUAUUGUUACAUGAUUAUAUUUGUUGACCAUGUUUUAUAACAUGUGGAAGAGCUAAUAAUUUAAAAGCUAGAAGAGGAAAACUAAGCUAGUACCCCUUUAUUUUAAAUUAGAAU